AACUGAAACAACUCCUCCUACUUCUUAUAGUUUUUGAUAGAACCACAACAGUGACCUUAGUUUGUUGAAUUGACUGUAAGGUUGAGUUUUGAAUAGAGACAUGAAAUAGACACAUUCUCAACAUUGAUGAUUGAUCUCUCUUCUCAUAAUUUAUUGCUUCAAAACAUAUCAAGGACAAGAGAUCUUCUUCUUUUGGCUAACAUGGCCACAAGAUGCUUUUGGUAUUGGACCACUUUGCUCCUCUGCUCUCUGCUGCUUCCUGUCUACGCCCGAGCUUCCUCUACAGGCGGCGCCAAAGAGAAAGAGCUCUCCCAGACUCCCACCUGGGCCGUUGCCCUCGUCUGUACCUUUUUCAUCCUUGUCUCUGUUCUCCUCGAGAAGGCUCUUCACAAAGUUGCCACGUGGUUGUGGGAGAAGCAUAAGAACUCUCUGUUUGAAGCCUUGGAAAAAAUAAAGGCCGAGCUGAUGAUUCUAGGAUUCAUUUCCUUGUUACUGACCUUCGGAGAGCAGUACAUACUCAAGAUUUGUAUCCCUGAAAAGGCUGCUGCAUCUAUGUUACCUUGUCCAGCUCCUCUUCCUACUCAUGACCAAGACAAGACCCACCGCAGACAUCUAGCUGCUGCCACUACCUCUUCUCGCUGCGAUGAGGGUCAUGAACCACUCAUAUCUGUCACGGGUUUGCAUCAGCUGCACAUCCUAUUGUUCUUCAUGGCUGUCUUUCACAUUCUCUACAGUUUCAUUACAAUGAUGCUAGGCAGACUCAAGAUCCGUGGCUGGAAAAAGUGGGAGCAGGAGACAUUUUCUCAUGAUUACGAGUUUUCAGUCGAUCCAUCAAGAUUCAGGCUCACUCAUGAGACGUCCUUCGUUAGACAACAUUCCAGUUUUUGGACAAAAGUCCCCUUCUUCUUUUAUGCUGGGUGCUUCCUACAGCAGUUCUUUCGAUCUGUCGGGAGAACGGACUACCUGACUCUGCGCCACGGCUUCAUCGCCGCCCAUUUAGCUCCGGGAAGAAAGUUCGACUUCCAAAAAUAUAUCAAAAGAUCAUUGGAAGACGAUUUCAAGGUGGUAGUUGGAAUAAGUCCACUUCUGUGGGCAUCAUUUGUGGUUUUCUUACUUCUGAAUGUUAAUGGCUGGGAAACAAUGUUUUGGGCGUCGAUCCUGCCUAUACUUAUCAUUUUAGCUGUCGGUACCAAGCUUCAAGCGAUCCUAACAAGAAUGGCUCUGGAAAUCACAGAUAGACACGCAGUUGUUCAAGGGAUACCUCUUGUGCAUGGUUCAGAUAAGUACUUUUGGUUUAGUCGCCCUCAGUUGCUGCUUCAUCUUCUCCACUUCGCCUUAUUUCAGAAUGCUUUCCAAAUAACAUACUUCUUCUGGAUCUGGUAUUCCUUUAAGCUAAAAUCUUGCUUCCACAAGGAUUUCAAACUUGUCAUCGCAAAACUCUCAUUUGGCGUAGGAGCUUUGAUUUUGUGCAGCUACAUCACGCUUCCAUUGUACGCACUAGUUACUCAGAUGGGUUCACACAUGAAGAAAUCUGUGUUUGAUGAACAAAUGGCAAAAGCGUUGAAGAAAUGGCACAUGGCUGUGAAGAAGAAGAAAGGCAAAGCAAGAAAGCCACCAACAGAGACCCAUGGUGGUUCUAGCAGUGUCAGCACCUCAACUUCAGCCUUUCACGCAUCUGGAGCCACUCUACUCCGCUCCAAGACCACCGGUCACUCGACAGCCUCUUACAUGAGUAAUUAUGAAGACCAAAACAUGUCUGAUCUUGAAAACAUGUCCGAUUUUGAAGCUGAGCCAUUAUCGCCUGCACCUAAAGAAGGGCACGAUCAGUCCAGAGAGAUGGAAUAUUCUGGAGAUAUUAUCCCUGAAAACCAAUUUUCCUUUGUGACUCCUGUUCGUCCUAAUGAUAUGGAUUAAUAAUAUUCAAAAUGAAUGCAGAGCAAAUUCCAUCAAGGUCUUUGUUUCUACUAGACUUUGUACGCUAAUAUACAU